GGAAUACAACAUGAAGGACAAAGAUUCUCUCCGAGAAGCGAUGAAAUAUUCGGAUGUGGUGUACAAUCUUACCGGAUCGCAUCUAGAGUCUAAGAACUUCAGUUUCACCGACAUCCACGCUACUGCCGCGGAAAGUGUGGCUGAGGUCGCCUCCGAAUUGGGUGUGAAGCGUUUGAUACAGAUGUCCUGCGUCAGCGCGGAUGCGUCGUCGCCCUCCAAGUUCUUGCAAUCUAGGGCUGAUGGCGAGCAAAGAGUCCGAGCGGCCUUCCCAGACGCCACCAUCGUUCGCACGUCCGAUGUAUUCGGCCCGGAAGAUCGACUGUUCCGUAAAUGGCAAAUGCGCAAAAUGCUUCCUGGAGGCAUCCCAAUCGCAAACAAGGACGCCGUGAAGUGGCCUGUAUAUUCCCAUGACGUCGGGCGAGGCCUGGCUAACCUAGUGGAAGACCCCCACGCUGUAGGCAACACCUAUGAAUUCGUUGGACCAGAGGCAUGGCGUCUCGAAAACCUUUUGAAAUACAUGUUGAGAGUCACUAAGGAGGAGGUCAAUGUGUAUGAGCUCAAUCAGAAGUACUUUCAAAUGCUCGCUGGAUUAAUAGAGAAGUAUCCUCUGCAUGAGCCUUUUCUCAAUAAGGACGAGGUUAUCAGGGAGUCUCUCUCUGAUGUACUCGAGGGACACCCAGGUCUGAUCGAUGUCGAAGUUGAGCCGACACCUUUAGGUAAAGUAGCAAUUUCUUUCUUGCGAACAUAUCGUCGACACGCUGUCUUCGAUGAUGUGAUAACGACCGCAGAGUUGCGAGGCGCAGUUUAAUUUUCCGCUUGUGGAGGUGUAUUGAAAACACUCUGAGAUUCAGGUGUUUACGUACACCUCAGCGGCAGCACGGUGUAAAUGUCAGAGAGAAAGACGCAAACGCUGUAAAUUUCUUCAUUAGGGACGACCGGUUGUAAUAAAAUAUUGGAUUACAAUAAUCCGAAACACCAUCUGCGUUUUAAUUCUGC